AUGGUCACAGGCUCUGGAAAAUGUAAUAAAAAUAUAAAAAAUAUCAAUGAUAAAAAUGCUUGCAAUAUUCCUGGUAAUAAACGUAGUAUUACCAACACAACUACGAGCACCAAUAAAAGUAGCAGUAAUAGCAAAAGUACGAGUUCCAGUUCCAGUUCCAGUAGCAGUAGUACAACUGUAAAAAAAGAUUCUCAUGGCAAUACUUCUACUAGUAGCAGUAGCAGUAGCAGCAGCAGUAGCAGUAGUAGCAGCAGUAGCAGUAGUAGCAGUAGUAGUAGUAACAGCAGCACCGUCAUUAUCAAAUGUAUUGAUGAACAAAAAAAAAAAGGAGAGACUCAUCCAACUGUUCCAUCAACUCCUCGACCAUCUGCCCAAAAAAAUUUGAAAGUUGUUGAUGAAUCGCAGGUAGUCAAUCUUUGA